AUGCGUCCCCAAAAAUUCUCUCUUCCGGUCACAGCUGCACCAGAAACAUGCACUGGUAACACGGAGUCUACGCGCGGUGGUCUCGGUAAUAUCGGCCGGCUCGGUACACGCGAUCAUAUCGACCCUCGCACCACAAGCAGCAUAGUCGGUGAUCGCGGCAACUUCAGCACUCUCAGACACAAAAAGAAAACACAAUUUGACUGCUCGCUAUGGGAAAAAUUCAGGUAA